UCUGACUAAAUUCCUCCUUCCUUUUCUUCACUUAAGCGUAUGAAGAAGUGAAAUUACCCUGUCUAUUAGUGUAUAGAUUUUGCCUAUAAUUCCUUCUCCUUCUGACUAAAUUCCUCCGCCUUUCUUUUGCCCGUCUCGCCGUCCUUCGUCCGUCCCCACUCAGGUUUCCCCGGUAGAAAGGGAGACAGAGGAGACUCAGGUUUCCCAGGACCAGCGGGGAUGAAGGGGACCCCCGGCGUGCCCGGUACCCCUGGAUCUCCGGGGCCCCGAGGACCCUCCGGACCCCCCGGACCGGGAACUAGAGACGGGAUCCCAGGAACACCGGGAAGAAAGGGUGAGUCAGGUUUCCCUGGACUGAUGGGCUUCCCUGGACUCCCGGGACGUCCUGGAUCUUCUGGUUUUCCUGGAGGGAAAGGACAGUCUGGAGGACAGGGUAGAAACGGACUCAACGGCGGCCCCGGGUACUCCGGAGCGAAAGGUGACAGAGGAUACCCCGGCUCCCCCGGUCUGCCCUCCCCUCCGUUCAGAUCAGAGUUUGCAGAAAAAGGAGAACCAGGAAACAACGGAGGCAGCGGCCUUCCUGGUUUCCCCGGACCCAGAG